AUGGCCAAAACAUACCCAGUCACACUAGUCAAGGAGUUCAAGACCAAAUCGGGAACUCCAAUUUCAAUUGGAACUGGCACAGGGACCGUCUGGAAACAACCAGGUAAUCAAGAAAAAGUCAACGAAGAGUUGGUGUCGCAGAUCCUAAAGUCGUUGGAACUUGGCUAUAGGCACAUUGAUACUGCAGAAGUGUACAACACGCAAAAGGAAGUUGGCGAGGCAUUGAAACGCACCGGGAUCCCCCGGGAAGAUUUGUGGAUCACCACAAAGUACAAUGCUGGCUGGGGGAGUGUCAAGGGCAGCCCUUCGCCUCAGAACUCGAUUGACAAGGCGUUGAAGCAACUUGGCGUCGACUACAUUGAUUUGUAUCUUAUCCACACCCCGUUUUUCUCCAAGGAGGCUCUGAGCGGGUACUCCUUGGAAGACGUUUGGAAAGUGUUGGUUGAAGCAAAGAAGCAAGGCAAAGUUAGAGAAAUUGGCAUUUCCAAUGCUGCCAAAACCCAUUUGGAAAGACUAUUCGCCGUGUCGCCAAGUAAAGAAUACUACCCCGUGGUGAACCAAAUUGAGUUCCACCCAUUUCUCCAGAACCAAUCGACUGAUAUUGUCAAGUACAGUCAAGACCACGGCAUUUUGGUCGAGGCCUUCUCUCCUUUGGCGCCCUUGGCCAGAGUCAAGGAAAACGCAUUGGGCGAGUAUUUAUCGAAAUUAGCCUCAAAAUAUGCCAAAACUGAGGCUCAGCUCUUGUUGAGGUACACUCUUCAAAAGGGAGUGCUUCCAAUAACCACCAGUUCCAAGGAAGAGAGAAUCAAACAAAGUCUCGAUGUGUUUGACUUUGAAUUGACUGAAAACGAAGUGGCUGAAAUCAACAAGAUUGGUGACGCUAACCCAUAUAGAGCGUUCUUUCAUGAACAGUUUAAAGACUUAUAG